GAGAGAAAAGGAUAAAAACUUUUAGUCACAUUUAUUUUCAGUGGCUGUGUAGAUUUGAAUAUUUAGAAUAUCCACAUUAAUUUUUUAUUAAAGAUGAGGACAACUUCUCCUUUCAGCCCUAUGUGUUUUACAAAUGUGUUUUAAAAAUGAUCACUAAGGCAUACAGAUCAAAAAAUAAAAGAAUAAUCUAAAGAGGACUGAUGGCUGUAAAUCACUUAAAAUUAAGAUCUUGUUUGACUUUGGGAUUAAUAAAGUAUUUUUGAAUAUAAUAAGCCUUCAAUCGCUUCGUGAUCUUCCCAAAUUGAUGAUUAAAAAAAAUCAAAUCCCUUCCUUCAUGUAUGUAAACUAGGUUUACAAUUAGGUUUUAUACACUUUACUGUGAGUUGGCAAUUAGAUAAAGGCAGAUGGUGUGCAAAUGGGGAUAAUCUUGUGACGCCUUCAUUUUCAUUUGGAUUGAUCACCUAUCAGAUAAAACUGAUAGGUGAUAGUAGCCAAAAUUUUUUGUAUUUCAUCACUGAAGCAAAUCAACAAAAUUGCAGCAGGUAAACCAAAAUCAACAUGAGACUGUAAAAGUGUUAGUGCAUUUUGGAUUGAUUUGUAAAUCUAAAAAGCUCUGAGAAACUACUUCAAUAGAAAGAAUGGUGCGUUCUAUGUGUAUUAAAAGUCGGAUUUUUGAGUUUCAAGUAGGAAAUACUGUAUGGCUUACUGAAGUCAAGUCUUAGAAAAGGAAAGUUGGGGGUUCAGCAAAGAGUUUAGUUCCAGUAUGACUGUCGUGGAUGUAAAAAAAGACGAAUAGUGAAAGCUUUUGGCAUAAACCAUAUUGAGCAGCAUAAUGCUGCUCAAUAUGCAUCGCUGAGAACAGCAUUUCUUGGUGUUUAAACUCUAACAACAAAAAGAAAUUGAUGGGGUUUUUCUUAACGUGUAUCACCAUUACAAAGCACAAACCUCACUGGUUUUCCGGUACGCGCUCGCUUUGGACAUGACGUCAUUUUCAUAUUCCGACGCCAAUCAAACGCAGCAUAAACAGCGAAAGGUAGCCCGUGAAAAAGUACGAAGGGAGAAAUAUUGAAGAGUUUAAAGUCGACUCUUUUCGUCGCACGGUGGCGCUCCUUCCGCUCCUGCUUGGCUACAGCAAUUUCGGCAAGGAGGGAGAGAGAGAGGACUCCGCCUCCAUCUUUUCUCUGUGUCCUGUGAGACGUCCAAAUUUAAGAGUGUGGCAGAACCAGUCAAGGCAUGGCUGCAGCAGAGAGGCCCAGCGAGGAGAACAUUUAUCAAGGAAGCAGCCAAGAGGCCCAUGGUAACUCUGGAAGAGCAGCAGACAUCCACAGCUCAGUGGUGUCACAGAAGGUCCAACUGGAGCCUCUGAACUCAACGGUGCUGCGAGAUUCUGAUGUCCAGUUUAUGGCCACCAUUCAGGGAGCCUGGGAUGUCACAAACUGGGGUGUCGGAGGGAUUCAAGUCCUCACAAUUGUCAACUCAACAAGUAGCAUAAUCCCAUCGGCGGACAGAUUUUCUGCCAGAUUCUGCUUUAGUACCAGCAGAAAUUGUGUGGAGUUUACCAUCCAUAAUGUCAGCCGCGCUGAUGCUGGGGAAGUUGUGUGUAACGUGCAAGGUCAUCAACCAGUGACAGCCCAGCUUUAUGUACAAGAGAGUGGAACAGUCAACAUCCCGGGUGGGAAUGUGACGGUGAUGCAGGAUGGGGAGGUGGAGUUGGAGUGCUUUACGACUGCUUGGUUCCCCGCUCCAUCCAUCAGCUGGACCCAAAAUGGUCAGGCUGUGAACAUCAGCCUCUACAACACCACCAGCACACCAGAUGGGGAUUACUUCAACUCCACCAGUACCGUCCGGCUCACGGCCAGCAGGAACGCAAGAGUGGAGUGUUUGGCUUCUCUCUCAACACUCACCGCUCCACAGUCCAGCUCUGUCUACAUCGAGAUUGUUCCCAAACCUCCAGACUGGACAGUGCUGAUAGCCGUAGUUCUGUCGUUUGGAAGUUGUGGUUUGUUGGUUUUUGUCAUCCUCGUAAUCAUGAUCUGCUACAAACACAGGAAAGAAAAAAAACGAAAUUACCAAGAUGAAAUGAGGAGAGUGAGAAUGCACAGCCAGCUAAGUGUCAUCAACACAGCUGAACAGGUAAGGGGUCAGAUAAAUGAAAACUACGAGCCGGAGAAUCAGAGGAACGACACAAUUGACUGGACUGAGUCCGGCUUCCUGAAACACAGACAUAUGACCUUUGUGUGAUGACACACAGAGGAUGGAGAGCUCUAUGGACAUUCGACAGACUUUUUGAAGAAACUUUAAAGUUUUUCCAGCUGUUUUGUCCAAAGUGUGGAGAGAGUAAGUGUCAAAGAGCAAAGACUGAUAGAUAAUUUGCAACGCUGAUAAAAAAAUAAAUAAAAAUGUUAAUAGAGGAGCAAAAUUUAUGAUGACUUCCUGAAAUUGGAAUGUCAGAAUGAACAGACGUUUGUAAAGAGACAGAGGACCAAUGUCAAGGCAUUCAAUUGUGAAGUCAAAUUUCCUUUAAGUCACAUUUGAGACAUGUAGCAUUUUUGAUGGUGCUUUAAAAGGAUCCUGAUGUGACUGGAAAACGCAACACUGAAGAAAUCCUCAGAGCGGUGGAAAACUACCAGCUGAUCAGACUGUUUAGAGACAGCAACAAAACUUAGCAGUCUCUUGUGAAUGCGUAGACAUUUAAUAAAUAACAUUGUACCCCAAAGAUAAAAACAUUUUUGGUUUGAGUUGUGUAGAUUUGCUAACAUCAGCUGAAAUCAAAGUGUGUGUGUGAAAAAUCCAAACUAUUUAAUAAGAAGAACAACCAGUUGUUUGUUUAACUGUGGGAAAAACGUCUGACAUAUAUUUAUGGAUGGAUAAUUUUUGUUGUUAAUACAUAAUGUUUUUUGUUUUCUUCUGUAAUCAGUGUCUGCAACUGUUUUCUUGAAAUAGUUUUGUCCUCAGUAUUUUCUGUUUUUACAUGCCAGCGAAAAUAUUAACAAAUCUCACUUUCAUUUAGAAAAUUGUUGUAGAAAUCUCCUUAAAUAAGAAUAUUCUGUUAGAUAUUUGUCAAAGAAAUGUGUUAUAGUUUAAAGAUUUAAAGGUCUUGUUAACCAGGAAACACCACUUCUGUACUUUACAGACAUGACGCCAUAUCUUAUGUAAUGCUUGGAAAAACAUUAAUGAACAAAGGAAAAUUACCUGUACUCUUUAAUUUUGCAUUGUUGACUUUUUUUCUGUAACAGUGCUUUUACUGCCAGUUUUAUGCCUUAGUUUUCAUAUUUAUUUGUUGUGUCCUUGGAUAUCUUGAAAGAGGCCUAUGGAUAAAUGUACUAAAACAUUUAAAUAAAAUAUAAAGUUUUUACUGUUUUCUAAAUAUAAACUUUCAUGACUCCUGAAGUUAUUUAAAGACAGAUCAGUCAUUAUCAGUAUGGGUGCCAGAGGUUUUGCAUCCUUCAGUAAAAAUCCUUCCAGUCUGA